AUGCCAAGUCAACUUGACCGCUACUCACUCAUGAUAAUUUCAAAAUACUUUAAAAAUAUUGGAGACUUUAUUCGACUCAUUCAAGUGUGUAAAAAGUUCGAAGAUAUUCCAUCAAUGUUCCAUUACAACCCAAUUUGCCUUCACUCACACUUUAAUUUCUUUUCAAAUGUCGAGACGUAUCAUUUUUACAAGAAAAGCGACAAAUAUGUUCCCGGCUAUUUUCAUUACGUUUAUGAUUAUCAAAUGUCUUACACCGAAUACCUCAAAAAGAGGACUUCCAACUCGACUUUUACACAUGUCACAUAUAACGUGGGCGAUUAUAUAAAAUACAAAAAAUACGACGGAGCGACACAUCUCAAAGGGAAGGCAUUUAAAGAUAUAUCCGAAGACGCAAUAAGUUUAGACUUGAGCACUGUUAUUUCACUUGGAGAUUAUGGUUUACAGAGUAUGUCUACACUUACUUCUGUUGUACUUGGUAAUAGUAUACAAGAGCUUCCAAUCAGUUGUUUUGAGAAUGACGUGAAGUUAAAAGAAAUCGACAUUUCUCAUAUCAAAACCAUUGGCGAAAAGUGUUUCUAUUGUUGUGUGGAGUUGUCUGCAAUUACAUUAGGUGAAGUGUUAUCUGUUGGGUUAAGUUCUUUUUACGACGCGUUUAACAUUAAAUAUGUGAAGAAUUUAGGGACUAAGAAUUUGAACACGUUGAUCAAUUUAUCUUCUUCACAAGCUUUUAAUUCAAUUCAUCACAAAUUACUGAUCACUCAAAACGAUAUAAAUCUUCUAAAUAAUUCUCAGCAAAUCAACGCGUUUCAACUUCCCGUAGAUGAAUAUGGCGUUCAAGCAUUCUGCACUGUUAAUGGUUUAGAAGACAUGAACAUCCCAAAAAGUGUCACUCAAAUAUCUUAUAACGCACUUUCAGAUACAAAUUUGAAGCGACUUGAUUUAUCAAAUGUUGUUGAAAUAGAAGAUAACAAUAACCUUGACGGUGUCACGGCUCUUACUAUUCCAGUGAAUUUGUAUUUCAACAGUCUCAUCUUUUUAAACAACUUAAAACGCAUUUCGGCAGUCGGGGGAACAGUUAUUAAGUCGCCAGUUGCGUGUUUUAUGAAAGAGAUUCUUGAAGAAAGUGGAUUGUCUAGUCAAGUGUAUUUGUACACUAAAAAAGACUUUGAAUUGACGAACGGGGUUAUUCCCUUGUUUUGUAACCACAUUGGGAGCGGGGUAUUUUGCAAUGUGAAUAUUGUGAAUAUCGAAAUACCAAGUAAUGUGACUCGUAUUGAUUGGGGCAAUUUCUGGAAUUGUCCCAAUGUGGAGAAAAUUGCGAUUUUUUCUAAAAAGGAUAUUUCAAUUAGUAUCGAAAAUUGUCCAAAACUACUUGAAGUGAUCACUAAAACAACUGUAAACUUUGAUGUUUCUAAUUGUAAAGAAUUAACAAAAGUCACUAUGCCAUAUAUACCAACAAUAUCUUUGUACAAAACAGUGGCAUUUAAUCAUUGUAGAAAUCUUAAAGAGAUUGUUAUUGAAAACCCCCCAAAAGACUUGAUUUUCGAAGAAAGAACAUCUUACAGAAUUACUCAGUUGGUGAAACUUAACAUCAAAUAUAUGGAAGUUGCGUAUGAUAAUUAUAUUGACGAUGAACACUACAAACAAGAAGAACAAAUUCUGGACGGAGUACAAGACGAAAAUGGUUUUGAUAAUCAAGAAGAAGAUGAGAACGUCAUUUUAAAAACAGUUGUUAUUCCAGAGGGAGUGAAUGUGUUAACAGUAGGUUGUUUUGAAAACGUACAUUCAGUAAGUAAAAUCGUGUUCCCUUCAACGGUGACAAGAAUACAUGACUACGCCAUUUCUCAGUGUGCUAAUCUUGCUGAAGUUGAAGGGUUGACUAAAGAAGUCAUUGUCGAACAAAAUGCUUUUUAUAAGUGCGACAAGUUGCAAUUAAAUAAAUAA